AUGUCUGGCGUCAGCCGCGGAGCGCUGGAGGAUCACCUGCGGUCGCUCAUCGGUGAGCAUCCACGCGACACAGGGCCACAGCUGCUGUGGCGCCUGGAGCGCCAGGGCUUCCCACUGGAUCCGUUCCAGGACGCCGCCCAUGUACGCGCCAUUGCGCGGAAGAUAAAAGGCCCUUUGCCAGAUCCCGCCGCUGGGCUCAACGGUGCCUUUGACCAGCUUGUCAAGAUGAAGGCUGCGCCCGCAGGGCGGCCGGAUUUGGUGUCGAUGACAAUGUCAAUGGGCGGAGGGCCAAAAGGUCCAAGUGGCAGCAUACGUGGGCGCAAGCAAAGAUCUACAGAUGGGAUCGCUGACUGGCCAGAUUACUUCCUAGAUGAGUUCGCAGAUGUUCACGGGAAGAAUCUCGAGUGGUUUUCAGAAGAGAAGAAGGCACUGCCUAGCUCAAAGGGGAAGUCACAAAGAGAGCGCAAUGAGCGCCGCAAGGCCAAGCAGCGUGCCAGUGCGUCCUCCGAGGUGGGAGGCCGGGAGUCCACUGAGCCUCCAGCACGGGAGCCCACUCACAAUGAUGAGCUUUACAUUUGGCUGAUCGAUGCCUAUCGGAUGCGGUGUCAUGACGAUUUACAGUGGCGAGGCGGCAUCCGCCGCGGCAUCUACGAGCAGAUGACCCGAGUGGUUUCGAAGAAGGCAUUGUCCGAUUUGGAGCAUAUGGCCGUGAACGGCGUCCAGUUUGUUGUUGAGCGAGAGACGGAUGCUGUGACUGCCUUCCCUACAGCAUUGUCAGUUGCACAGGAUUCUUUCGUUUACUGCAAGCUUGUCGAGCAACGUGAGAAGUAUCCGCCGGUGUUCGACUUUGAAAGGCUGCUUUCGCUCGCAAGGAAGCUGCUCCCAAAGCGAUUCCAAAAGGACCACGCCAAGUUCAAGUACGGCGAUGAGAACGCGAUGACUGCUGACAGGCCUUCUUUAAGACGCUUCGCAGAAAGCAUCUACGGCACCACCAUCCAGCAGAUGCACGAGAAGGAUGCGGCCUCACCCGGAGGGCCUGACACAGGCCGCUGGUUUCACCCACAACCCCACGAGUACAAUGCGGCGCACCGAUACCCGCCGGACGUCUGCCGCCUCUGGGAAUCUGUCGAGCGCUUCUUCGAGGCCGGCGUCGCAGGAUCCGUGGAGAGCCGCGAGAGCUCGCCUGCUCGGCGCACCUUCUUGGACAACGUGGAGCUGCUUUUCGCAGAUGUCGGCGGCAUCCAACUUUGGCGUGAACUGGUCGAGUCGUUGGACCUGGUCGGAGACAACUUCGGGCUUCCACAUGUCUCGCACUUGGACCAGCACGUUCCUCCAGGCUCGACGGUAGUGGUGAAAUCUCUGCGCGGUGUGCAGCCGAUUCCUCCAAACUAUUGUCGACCAGUGGACCUGAAUGGUGCCUUAGGCACACUGCGGAAAGUGGUGCCUGGAAGCAAUGGCGGCGAGAUCCGCUUCCAAGUCGUGAUCGGCGAUGGCACGGAAGUGGCUCUCAAGUCCCAGAAGCUGGAGUUGAACAUCGAGAAGAAAGGCGAGAUGAGCGCUUAUGCGAAGAUGAUGCUCAACACAGCAGGCCGGGGCGAGCUGGCAGCAGACAUCGGUGGCUACUCCUCGCUCUCCGAGUCAGAGGAGGAAGGAAGCGCAGCCUCGCGUCCGAGCGCAAGAUCGGCCGCCUUUCGUCGGCAGCGAGGUCUCGAAAACAUCGGAGAGGCCAGGCGCCUGGAGGAGGGGUCUGGUCAACAACAGGGACUUGAAUGGGCGCAGAGGCAGGGUGACCGCAAAGAAGGGGAUGGGGAGGGCCGGGAGGGCGACGAGGCGCGCUUCGUCGUGGAGCUCGACGGGGAGUGCAAGGAGCAGAAGGUGGUGAAGCGCCGCCACCUGCAGUUUGUGGACGCGCGGGAGGCAUGGGAGCACGAGCAUGCGGCUUCAAGCAGCAGUGCGAAAGGACGGGGAAAGGGUGCGCAGCCGCCUUCUCGGAGUGAUGCAGCUGAGCCAAAGCCCGGCAUCGGCAAAGAGACGAGUGAAGCGAAGCGAAAGCCAAAGGCGAAGGCCCAGGUGAAAGCCGCGCCCAAAGCAACGGAGCCGGACUGGAAGAAGGUCUUUCCAGCAGAGGACUCCAUUCGACUGCGCGACUUGCUGCAGGAGGAGGUCAGCAUGGGAUCUGGCAGCCGUAUUUCAGCCAGGAAGCUAGAAGAGCUCUUGCGUGAGAGGCAUUCAGCGCUGCUGGACGUGGCGAAGCGGUACGUAGAUGCUGUGUUCAGAAGCCGUAGCAAGAAGCAGGCGAAGCUGGAUCGGCAUCAGGGCUUGACAGGCCGCACACACUGGCUGGGGCGCUUCGCAGUGCUUGAAAAGCUGGAAAGCGACUUCCGCUUCGACUUCCAAGCCAACGCAUUCUGCCGCGGGCACGGCGACGACGGACAGACAGAGGAGGACGUGCCGGAAGAAGGUGAUGCCGCGAAAGCCCCGCCAGAACUGCCAGAGGAGCAGAAGUCUGCUGAGCCCGAGGUGUUCGAGCCUGCGCCGGAGCGCGCGGUGCAUCGAUUCUACGGUUUUGAGGCUGGAAGUAUUUUCUUCAUUCCUCCCUGUGAGCUCUACUUCACCCAAGACUCCAUCAAGUCUGGUUUUAAAGAUAACGGUAGUUUUGGCCACAGCUCCGGCUACAGCUCCAGUGACUCACCGGGACCAGCCAGGGACUCUGUGAAGACAAGCUCGGUGCGCGAGAUGUUUGAUGCAAUCCUAGAACGACGAAUGCUGAAGCGGGAGGUUGAAAUGAUGGAUGUCGUCUUCCACGAAGGAUAUUACUACAGCAUCUGCAACCGGCGACUGGCCGUCUACUUGUUGCUGUGGCUUUGCGGCCGAUGCCCGCGCUUGAAGGUACAGCUUGUGAGCAAAACAGACCGGAAAGUGCACUGGGAUCGCCGUUUCACCACUGAGUGUGACGGAGAUUGGAUUCUAAUUCGCCAGACGGGGGAGGCGAUCGGCCGGCGAUUUCAGGCCUUGAGGCUAGCUUAUGAAGGCGCUUUCGUCACGGAUGGCAUUGACGUGGAGCUGACGGAGGCAGAAGCCACCUGUGGGCUGACGCCGUGCUUCUAUGGCUGUGUGAAAGGCCCAGUUCCGGAGUAG